ACGGCCACACUAUUUGACAUCUUAGGUCAAAGUAGUCCACCGGAGCCCAGAAUAUAAAUACACCCACACAAAUGAGCAUAGCACAGCAGGAACAAGCUGGGAUUAAUCCCCGCAAUCCCCAUGGUCUGGGUGAUCCGAAUGACACAACGUUGCGCAAGGUAGAGCGAGAAGUGCUAAUACCAAAAAUAAUGAGGGAUCGCGCGCGCGACGAAUUCUGCACCAAAGAGGUGGCGGACUUUGAGGAAUGCUGUAAAGCGAGCAGCAUAUUCAUGGUAGCCACCUGUCGGAAACAGAACUCUGCGCUGAGGGAUUGCCUGACGCGUUGGUAUCAAAACGAGGCCUUCAAAGAAGAGUGUAAAGCCAUCUACCUGCAGGAGCGAGCGGAUUACCGCAGCACGGGGAUACCCAAGAAGAACCGUGUGGAGAAAAUGUAGUUUAGGCUUGUUAUUGUUUUUGUUUACUUUGCACAAAAGAUGUGUAGUUAAA